AUGAAAUUGUUUGUGGUAUUAGCAUUCUUGGUGGCAGUGGCGUUAUGUGCACCUCCAAGACACGCAAAGGAUGAUGAUUCCUUGAGGUACUUGCCCGCUAUUCGACAUGAGGAAGUCCACGAUGAGUUUGGCCAGUACGCUCUUCGGUAUAUUACAGCUGAAAACACAGUCGUAUCAGAGCGUGGGCGGCUAGUGCCGGGUCAAAAUGGCGGUCAUGUUUUAGAAAUCGAAGGACAGUACAGCUUUAUCGGCGAUGACGGCAAGGUGUACGUCACCAAGUACAGAGGCGGUCCAGACGGCUUCCAUGUCGACGCUAAACAUUUACCGCAGCCAGUUCGUCCUCUUCCCGCCUAA